AUGGGUGCAUGCGACGAUGACCAGUUUGGGCCGAUUGUUGGUACAGACUGUCGCGGUGGAUUCGACUUCACCAUACUAUUCGAAUCCGGGAUUCUGAGCAUCCUUCCAGCUGCUUCUUUCUUCCUGCUUGCAUUGCUACGUCUAGCUUAUCUGCGGAGAGAAGGAAGGAAGGUGCUUUCUUCUACAUUCCGAAUAGUGGCCCUAAGUUUCUCGGUAACCUUUGUGGCUAUCCAGAUUGCUCUGAUUGCGCUUGUUGCAAAGCAUCACCCCGCGGAGAAGACACUGCUUGCAAGUGCCAUUCUCGAUCUAGUAGCGGCACUGGGUGUGGUAUUACUUCUGGACCUAGAGCAUGUCCGGUCAAUUAGACCAUCUUUCCUGCUAUCUUUAUAUCUGUUCCUUACGUUGAUUCUGGAUCUUGCGCGUGUGCGCACAGCCUGGCUGACACCGGACAACGAAGAUUAUUCGGUUCUUCUUUCUACGUCGCUGGCCCUCAAGGUGAUUUUAUUGAUUCUUGCCAGUGUCGAGAAGAAGAAAUGGCUUCUAUCCUCCGAAAAACAUCAUUCUAAGGAGAGUGUGAGCGGUCCCUUCUCACGAGGCCUAUUCACUUGGCUGAAUGGGCUCCUAUGGAGAGGUCAUUCCGAAGCCCUGGCUGGGGAUGAUCUCCCGAAUGUCCACGAGAAGCUUCUAUCAUCGGAGCUAUCUACUCGAUUCGCAAACACAUGGGCUCAGUCCGACCAAAGAGGGAAGCACGCGUUACUUUGGGUGGUAAUUAGAUGUCUCCGCUGGGAAUUUGCGGCUAUUACUUUUCCGCGGCUUUGCGUUGUGGGAUUCAGUAUUGCACAGCCGUUUCUUAUUGGAAAAGUCGUUAGUGUCUUGCAACGAACUGAUCCUUUUUCGGUCGACAUUAGCUAUGGCUUGAUUGGAGCUACUGCAAUUCUUUUUACUGGAACUGCGAUUGCGCGAGCUUCCUAUGAGCAUUUAGGAUACCGUGCCACGACAAUGAUCCGAGGCGGUUUAAUGAGUAUAGUCUUCCAGCAUAUGAUGGGCCUUCCGCUUGGAAGCACAGAUGAAUCUAGCGCAAUGUCGCUUAUGGGCUCUGAUAUAGAGAUGCUCGCCGAGUAUUUCUUUUCGGUGGUCUGUGAGACGUGGGCGAACGUGCUUCAGUUAGGGCUGGCUACAUGGUUGUUAGAAACCCAGGUUGGCGCCGUCUGUAUCGCUCCUCUAUUUAUAGUGAUUGUAUUUACCGGUGCCUCGUUUGCUAUGGGGUCUGCAAUUUCCACCCGACAGAAAGAUUGGCUUCAAGCCACCGAGAAGCGGAUCAACUUUACAUCUUCCAUUCUAGGAUCUAUCCGCAACAUCAAAUUCCUCGGCUUGGCCGAGAUCAUGGGGUCUAAGAUUGAAGCAUUACGUACAGAGGAGCUCGAGAUCUCCAAGAGAUUCCGCCGUCUUCAAUCCAUCCGUGUCUGCAUCGUCAACAUUCCCAUCAUAAUCGGGCAGUUUGCGACGUUUGCUGCCUAUGCAAUAGUAGCUCUGAUCCAGGAUUCUGGGCCCCUUGCUGUCAACAAGGCUAUCACAUCAUUGUCGCUCAUUAUGUUGAUGAUCACACCUCUCAUUUAUCUCUUGCUCGCGAUUCCCGACACCUUUGCUUCAAUAGGUUGUCUGCAUAGGAUACAAGAUUUCCUUAAAAAUCAGAAUCGUCUUGAGAAGAGAACCCUUUCUGAGCCGCUAUCGACAUACUCCACAUCUGCCAGUAGCCUUUCUGGCAUCAACCUGCCCCAGAUCUCGCCACUACCACGGGGUGGGAAAGGCGAGGUGAUCAUCUCAUUAAAGAAUGUCAAAUUCGGCUGGAAAUCACCUUCUGCUCCAGAAACAAAUGGUAUUGACCUUACUAUGGAAACCUCCUCUUCUGGAAGACUCGUCAUGAUUGUCGGCCCCGUCGGCUGUGGCAAGUCUACCUUUCUCAAAGGUCUGGCAGGAGAGACGCCCGUGUUAGAAGGGGAUCUCUUCGUAAAAUAUCCGAACUUGGCCUUCUGCGAUGACACGCCUUGGCUAUCCAAUUCCUCCAUACGAAGCAAUAUUGUCGGCGAAGACACAUCCGUCACUAUCGAUCCUGUCUGGUAUCAAACUGUAAUUCAUGCAUGUGCACUGGAUGUCGAUAUCCAGAAGAUGCCAGCCAGAGACGAAACACUCGUUGGCAGUAAAGGAUCUAAGCUGAGUGGUGGACAGAGGCAAAGAGUCGCCAUUGCACGAGCAGUAUACGCUCGCAGAAAAAUCGCUUGCUUCGAUGAUGUUCUUAGUGGACUAGAUAACUCCACAGCCCGAAUUGUGUUUCAAAAUGUCUUUGGUUCGACUGGUUUGCUGCGCCAGCUGGGAACUACAGUGUUUCUGGCCACUCACAGUACCCAGUAUUCGCCGCAAUCUGAUUUGAUCAUAGUCCUGGGAGACAAUGGCCAAGUCAUGAAGCAAGGAACUUAUGCCCAAAUCCGGGACGAAGUUUCAAACCUGAUUCAGAAACACGACCUUGCACCAACACAGACGGAUGACCUGGAAGAAAGUAUCAAGUCUAAAGAUUUGAUUGUGAGUCCUCUGGCUCCCGCCUUGAGUACCUCCAAAGAGAGUAACCAAAAGAAAACCGACCUUGCUGUGUACAAGUACUACUUUUCCGCUUUGGGACGGGCAAGAAUAGCAGCGUUAUUUCUUUUCAUUGUCAUAGAUAGCGGUACAAAUUCGUUCCGCUAUGUGUGGAUUGACCUCUGGUCUUCCAGCAGUGAUAGUAGCUCACGCCUGGGCUACUGGCUUGGAAUUUACGGGGCAUUAUCUGUUGUCCAAGCUCUUGCACUUAUAACUGCCGUUUUUUGGGUAUGGGUCAUCAUUGUCCCCUUGGCUUCCAAGAACCUUCAUUCAACUGUACUACGAACCUCCAUGGCCGCUCCCUUGGCCUUCCUGUCCAAUCUGGAGACUGGAGCACUUGUGACGCGAUUCAGCCAGGACAUGAGGCUAGUUGAUAUGAUUCUUCCUCGAGCUUUCUUCUCUACAGUGAUAAUGUUUUUUGGUGCUAUUGGCGAAGGGGCUAUUGCAAUUGCCUCGCUACCAUACCUAGCAGCGGCUUUGCCCCCUCUACUCGGAACUUUUUAUUUGAUUCAGAGGUUUUAUCUUCAAACCUCGCGUCAGCUACGGCUACUGGAAAUUGAGCUCAAGAGCCCUCUCUAUACACACUUUAUCGAGUCGCUGGCAGGAUUAACGACAAUUCGCGCUUUUGCCUGGACUCAUGCAACGACAAACCGAAUGCUUUCAAUACUAGAUAAUGCGCAGAGGCCAUACUACCUUCUUCUAUGUAUCCAACGUUGGCUUGCUCUCGUUCUGAACCUGAUUGUGGCAGGGAUAGCAGUGCUCCUUGUUGGGUUAUCUGUUUCUCUUCGCUCGCAUCUAGAUCCGGGCCUUCUAGGAGUCGCUCUUGUCGUGAUGAUGGAUCUCGGGCGUGGCUUGUCAGAACUGAUUCAGAACUGGACAUUGCUUGAAACUUCGCUGGGGGCUAUUUCUCGCAUCAAAGCAUUUUCUGAGGAGACACCUCGUGAAGAAAGCAAUCAAGGUGUUCAGAUACAAGAUACAGAAUGGCCAACCAGCGGUGAGAUCGAAUUCAAGGACGCAGGGAUUGCUUGGGAUGUCAGUGACACCAAGCCUUUGCUCACUGACAUCAACCUUCGAAUCGGGGCCGGACAGAAGUUUGGCUUGUGUGGUCGAUCUGGAAGUGGCAAAAGCACACUGGCACUGUCCCUCCUACGCCUUAACGAGCUAGUCUCCGGCCAAAUCUUGAUCGACAGACAAGACAUCUCCAUGAUGUCACGGUCGUCAAUUCGGCAACGUAUCAGUUGCCUCAGUCAGGAAUCAUUCCACUUCCCAGGCACUAUUAGGGAUAAUGCCGACCCAGCAGGCAAAGCCUCAAGCACACAUAUUGUCGAGGCACUGACAUCCGUCGGGAUCUGGAAUGUUCUCACAGCGAGCUACAGUGGCUCCGAUGAACAGGUCCUAGAUACAGCGCUGGACGACAGCAGUCUAUCACAGGGCCAGAAGCAGCUAUUUUGUCUAGCUCGAGCUCUUCUGAAGAGAAGUAAAAUCCUAAUUUUGGAUGAACCAACGAGCAGCCUGGACCACGAAACUGAUGCCAAGGUGCAAACGGUUAUACGAGAGUCGUUCAAGCGCUGCACUGUGAUUAUGGUGGCCCAUAGAAUCAACACUUUGCUUGACUUUGAUCAGGUUGCUGUUUUGAAUGACGGUCUUAUUAUGGAGGUGGGUCAUCCUAGUGAUCUGCUCAAUGCACCGGAUGGGGAAUUUGCGAAGCUAUUGAGUCUCGGGUCGUGA